AUGAGAGUGUCCCUCAAUCGAUCCAAUGAUUUAUCCAUCACUGGGAAGGGGGUUUCGCAGAUCAUUAGGCAUGGUGGCCAGUCAUUUGUUGGUCUUCUCGACGAUUCCACAGUUUUGAAAUACCCUACUAUUUUAAACCUAGCAAUCUUGAAGAUAUUCAGGUUGAGGCGAAGUUUCUCGAAGUCCUUGGAAGCCACCCUCGGAUUAUUGAGUCAAGAGGCUUGA